UCACAUACAAGAAGUAUGUUCGUGAUUGUUACCAACACGGUUAAGUGUUUUAAAUUAUGUUUUCUCUUCCUAGCUGUCCCUUUUCCUCCAACCCACCGUCUUACUUUGAAGGAAGUAUUCGAGAAUGGGAAACCCAGAAUUGAUGUUUUGAAAAACCACUUGGUGAAGGAAGGCCGACUGGAAGAGGAAGUGGCCUUAAAGAUAAUCAGUGAUGGGGCUGCCAUCCUGAGACAAGAGAACACUAUGAUAGAAGUGGGGGCGCCAGUCACAGUGUGCGGUGAUAUCCAUGGACAAUUCUUUGACCUGAUGAAGCUGUUUGAAGUUGGGGGACCACCUAAUUGCACACGCUACCUCUUUCUGGGAGACUAUGUGGACAGAGGAUACUUCAGUAUAGAGUGUGUGCUGUUUUUAUGGAGUUUAAAGAUUAUUCAUCCCAAAACAUUAUUUCUGCUUCGAGGAAAUCAUGAAUGCAGGCAUCUUACAGAAUACUUUACCUUCAAACAGGAAUGUCUAAUCAAAUAUUCGGAGCGGGUAUAUGAGGCAUGUAUGGACACAUUUGACUGUCUUCCUCUUGCUGCCCUCUUAAACCAGCAGUUUCUCUGUGUACAUGGAGGAAUGUCACCUGAAAUCACUUGUUUAGAUGACAUUAGAAAAUUAGACAGGUUUACUGAACCUCCAGCCUUUGGGCCAGUGUGUGACCUGCUUUGGUCUGAUCCCUCGGAGGAUUAUGGCAGCGAAAAGACCUUGGAGAACUACACCCACAAUACUGUCCGAGGGUGCUCUUAUUUUUUCAGUUAUCCUGCAGUUUGUGAAUUUUUACAGAACAACAAUUUAUUAUCAAUAAUCAGAGCCCAUGAAGCCCAAGAUGCUGGGUAUCGAAUGUACCGGAAGAGCCAGACCACCGGCUUUCCAUCACUUAUUACAAUUUUCUCUGCCCCUAAUUACCUAGAUGUCUAUAACAAUAAAGCUGCAGUAUUGAAAUAUGAAAACAAUGUCAUGAAUAUCAGGCAGUUUAACUGUUCUCCACACCCCUACUGGCUUCCAAACUUUAUGGAUGUUUUCACAUGGUCUUUGCCUUUUGUUGGGGAAAAAGUCACGGAGAUGCUGGUAAACAUUCUGAACAUAUGCUCUGAUGAUGAGCUCAUGUCUGACGAUGAAGCGGAAGAUCUCUACAUUUCAAGCUUUCAGAAAGGAAGCACUUCAGUUCGAAAAGAGAUCAUCAAGAAUAAAAUCCGAGCCAUUGGGAAGAUGGCACGUGUCUUUUCAGUUCUUCGGGAAGAGAGUGAGAGUGUGCUGACCCUAAAGGGCCUCACGCCCACCGGCACACUCCCUCUGGGUGUCCUCUCUGGAGGCAAGCAGACGAUUGAGACUGCCACAGUAGAAGCGGUAGAGGCCCAGGAAGCCAUCCGAGGGUUUUCGCUCCAGCACAAGAUCCGGAGUUUUGAAGAAGCCCGCGGACUGGACCGAAUUAAUGAGAGAAUGCCACCUCGAAAAGAUGCCAGACUCGAGGGGCCUGCAAAACUGGUGACCCCAGGCCACCCCAACGCUGCACACAGGAGCGACCACGGGAAGAAAUCCCAGUGACGACCCAAGCGUUCCGGAACAGGUGAAUCCCAAGCUUAGGGACAGAUUUUAUUUAUUAUCAGAAAAUGAAACAAAAACAAACCUGCAAGUGCAUUCGGAAUGUAGUCUGCUGUGUUUAUUCUGUAAGAAAGGAGAACGUUUUAUAAAUUCUUUUAAUUUGUGUUCAAUAUAUACAAAAAGCACAUCUGUUGUUUUGUCCCCCCACCCCAAUUUUUAGGAAAAAUCUGAUUGUUCUCAAAGUGUAUGUGAAGUUUUGUGCCACCAAGGGGACCUUCCCCUAAUAAAGGGCCUUUGAAACUUCAGACCUGGCUUUCUGAUUUGAACUACUUAGUCUUUGAUCAUUUAACAUUUAUUUCUGACUAAUAACUUUUCAAACUGAAGAGAGUUUUUAUUUCUUCCUGCUAAGUGCCAUGGGGCAAAGGUCUGGAUUUCAGGGGCUAAAAUCACUUCUGUUCUGAUACAAAACUCACUUAUACUAGAGCUUCCAAGUACACAGCCCAAACCCAGUGAUUUUGGGGCCAGGGGGAAUGUUUUUUGUAAUAGCCUACUCUCUUCUGGACUCUUGGUUCCUUUUAACAUGUUGUAGUAAAGCAAAAUAAAAGUAAUGACCUGUUUUCUUAGAGUUAAUUGCAUCGUAUCCGUCUAAGGGUGGGGUACAGCUCAGUGGUAGAGAGCUUACCCUGGCUUUCAUCCCCAGUACUGAAGACAAAAAAUCGUCCAUCCAACCACAGGCAUGAUUGGCUUAAACUCCCCUCAGAAAUUUGGGGGAGAAAGGUUUCAAAAAGCUUUAACUGUUGCUAUAUUCUUUUGCUUU